CCGGCCUACUACUUGUACAUACUUCCCAGCAUCGUCAAAGCCCUCACUCCACAUACUACCUCGUUCAGCCAAAGCAGGCAUUGCCCGUCGCAAUGGCCGUCCACAGCGCGCAGCCACCGCCUGUCCCAGACUCACCAAAAGUCUGGGCGUCGCUCAUCACAAACAUGUCCUACCUCCCAGGUCUUCUCACCCUUCACCACACCCUCUCCAAGACGUCCUCUGCCUACCCCUUUGUGGCCAUCAUCACGGCCAGCCUGCCUGCCGCCGCCGUCGCUGCCCUCCACAGCCGCCGCAUUCCCACUGUCACCGUGGAGCCUCUGCUGCCCUCUCACGCCGGGAACUACGCCAAUGACCCGCGCUUCCGGGACACAUGGACCAAGCUGACUGCCUUUGGCCUGGACCAGUUUGAGCGCAUCGUCCUGCUGGACAGCGACAUGCUCAUCACGAAGAACCUGGACGAGCUGAUGGACCUCGAGCUCGAUGCGCCCCCGCGGCACCAUGGCUUUGACGGCGGGCCAGGCGUCGACGGCGAGACAGCCCAGCUGCAGGUCAAGAACGAGACCACCGGCCGGCGGGUUCUGGCCGCCAGCCCGGCCUGUACCUGCAAUCCCGCCCACAAGAAGCACUACCCUGCCGACUGGGUGCCGGCGAACUGCGCGUACACCUCGCAGCACGCCACGCCCGACCUCGCGCAGACCAGGGGCCCGGAGCGCGCGCCGCUCGGGGUGCUGAACAGCGGCCUCCUGGUCGUGAACCCCUCCAAGUUCUACCUCUCGCAGAUCACCACCGCCCUCGAGGACCCGGCCACGGCCGACAUGGCCUUCCCCGACCAGGACCUGCUGGCGGACCUGUACAGGGAUCGGUGGGUGGUCCUGCCGUAUAUCUACAACGCGCUUAAGACGCUGCGUUGGAAGGGCGUGCACGACACGAUCUGGAGACAGGACGAGGUCAAAGUGGUACACUACAUCUGGAGUCCCAAACCGUGGUCAGAGAGGAACGAGGACGGGGCGUGGGCACCCAGCGAUGAGUCGCACGCGUGGUGGCAUGAGGCGAACGAGGCCAGACAUGCCGAGGAGAAGCGGCUCGGCUUAUAUGAUGGCCACUGAGAGGAGGUAAUCGCAUGGAUGGCGUGUUGGUGAAGGCGUGCAAAGCGAUGUUAUGUAAAAAGUAGUAGUAUGCUCAAGUUUGAAAUUAUGUACGUAGCCCGGCUCCUAUAACACAGUCUAGACAAGUUCUGAACCAACGUACAUGCAAUGAAGAAUGCAUCUGGUGUAUCAUCGUCCUACAACGCCAGCUUCCCAAAUGCCAAAAAAAAAUCAGAAUUGUUACUCAACUCUAUCCCAACGCCUGAAUUCAAGCAGUCAAAUCAGUCUUCAUGUCGUUAAAGGUCGUCAGCCGUCAUAUGCUUUAUCGCUUGUAUUUCUGCGAGUGUCAGUA